CCAUUUUAGGUCUCGAGGUGCGGCGCCUAAGAGAGUUAGCGCGCAGGCGGGCUCAGCCCUGGCGCGGGGCGGGCCCCGCCUCCGGGGUGCCUGGAGCCCGCCCCGCGCCCAGGCUCCGCCUUCCCCCACGUGUCUGCGGCCGAGGGGAGGCGCCUGAGCCGGAGCGGGCUCUCCACCGGUCUGGCCCGGUGCUCGCACAGGCGUCUGUCCGCGGCUCCCGGGAGCGGCCCCGGCUGCCGGAUGCUUCCGCCCCGGCUGCGGCGGGCCGGGCUGGACGCUUAGUGCCCGGCUCGUGCCCUGCCCGAAGCGCCCGCGGGGGUGGCAGCGGCCUCCGCCCCGCGGAGACCGAGCGGCUGGAGGACGAGGCGGCGGCCGCGGGGAGGAGGAUGGGGGCUAACCAGUUAGUGGUGCUCAACGUGUACGACAUGUACUGGAUGAAUGAAUACACCUCAUCUAUUGGAAUUGGAGUUUUUCAUUCUGGAAUUGAAGUGUAUGGCAGAGAAUUUGCUUAUGGUGGCCAUCCUUAUCCUUUUUCUGGAAUAUUUGAAAUUUCCCCAGGAAAUGCUUCUGAAUUAGGAGAAACAUUUAAAUUUAAAGAAGCUGUUGUUUUAGGGAGUACGGACUUUCUAGAAGACGAUAUAGAAAAAAUUGUAGAAGAGCUGGGGAAAGAGUAUAAAGGCAAUGCCUACCAUUUGAUGCACAAAAACUGCAAUCACUUUUCUUCAGCUUUAUCAGAGAUACUUUGUGGGAAAGAGAUUCCUCGCUGGAUCAAUCGACUGGCCUACUUCAGCUCCUGUAUCCCCUUUCUACAGAGUUGCCUCCCGAAGGAGUGGCUCACUCCUGCUGCACUGCAGUCCAGUGUCAGCCAGGAGCUCCAGGAUGAACUGGAAGAAGCAGAGGAUGCAGCCGCUUCCGCUGCCAUGGCAAGUGCUGCAGCUGGUGCCAGAACUGGGCAGCGUCACACUAAACUAUGAGCAUCUCCAAAGUCACACCCUCAGAACUAUCUCUGGCAGUUGAAUAUCACUAGAGAAAAGAAAACAGAGUAAAUGUCCUUUGGAUAUUUUGUAUGCAAAGAUGGCUCUCCCCCAAAUCCCAGUUUUUCAGCUCAGGAUUAUAUUUGUAAUCAAAAACAAAAACAAAAAAAAAAAGAAGAAAAAUCACUUGGCGCAGAGGGAAAACUUUAUAUGAAGCUGCCCUCUUUUUUUUUUUUUUUUAAUCCACUUGUAAAUUUGGAUUCACUUCCUCUGUUUUCUACAAGCUCUGUUAAAUUACGUUUACAGUAUUUUGUAUCACUGUUUACAAAUCUUGCAUGGACUUCUGCCACCGUGAAAGAAGAAAAUCUUCAUCUUCAAAUAUUAGGCAGGUCAUCUUUGUACACAUCCUGAAAAUUGCCAGAGCUACAGCAUAAAAAGUAGGCACAUGAAGAAGUACCUACAUGGUUAGUUCCCAUCACUUUCUUAAGAGCUGUGUGUUAGACUUGUAUUUGUUUUGUUACCAUUUUUGGCACCCAGAUACAGGAAUCCAAACUGGCCUGACAUGAAGGAGCACACACAUAACCCAAGGGUUUGGGGCCCUGGGUCAGUCCCUCUCCACCCCCUUCCUGUUCUGAGUAGCACAUUUCCCAAGGUGCCCGUGGAGCAGCUGGUCUUCAUCCCAAAUAUGCCCACCUCAGCAGGGUGGCAUUCUUGUAUCUGCUGGCUUGAUGCCUCAAUUCUAUAAUGAAGAUGUUUUCAUGGAAGACACUCUUAUUAACUGACAAGUGUUUUUGCACAUGUGUUGGGGGAGGGGCUUCAUUUUUAUUUUAAUACAUACUAAACUCCCUGCACAGGAUGUUUUGGUGGGAUGGGAGUAUCCUUACCUAGCUUCCUGAGCAGCAGUACAAACUGACAUUAAACUGCUUUUUAACUAGUCAGGCUACCUUUUAUACUAGACAUUGAAAACUAGAGUCUAAAGAAACACACACCCCAAAGGUAAUUCUUUAAUAUUUAAUACUUUGUGUACACCAUGUCAGAAAUGGCUUGUUGGAAUUUAUUAGUUCAUGAUGAGAAUAGUUUCGCCUCCUGAUAGAAAUUCUAUUUUCAUUGCUCUCUUGUUGAAAAAUCAUAUUUUUGUGUGUCUUAAAUUCAUCUUUUAUGUUCUCUCAAAUGUGUGUCUCAUACAUAACAUAAUCUUAGGAAUGAAGUUGUCGCUACAGCUAAGUCUUCUUUAGUAAGGAAGUUGUCUGCUAGAGUCUACCCUCAGUUGACCCUUGGAUGUAAGAACCAAUCAUUACAUGUCACAAUCAAUGUUCUGCCUUAAGAGUGAGUGUCCUGUGUAAAGUAGUGGAUGCAGCAUAGAAACAUCCAAGGCACUGACUGCAGCUUUAGAUACUUCAUUAUUUGAAAAUGAACAUUUCUCUAUGUGAGGAUACAUAUCUUUGAGUAAAUUACAUCUUUAACUUUUCCAUGAGCUGAUUUUGAUUGACACUUAACGUAAGCACACCCUCUUUAGGGAAAGUAAACCUUGGGUUAUAAACUCUGGCCUAAGGAAGAAGAAGCCACUUUGUGCUGUUUGACUGUUCUGUUUCCAGAGAAGAAAGCCGUUGCAAGUCACUCUGCUCCAUGAGGGGCAGAGCAUGCGUUUCAGGAACCAUGCAGCAGGACAGAAUAUGCGGUCUUUAUGAAGAGUUGACUUGGGUCAGGUCUGAAAAUGAGACUUAGGACAAAACACUAAUGCUCUCCAGGAGGUUGUUCACUAAAAGAAGAGCCCUAGCCCUCAAGCCCAGGUUAGUAGGAAAUGCUUGGUACAGUUGACUUGGGGUUUUUUUAUUUAUUAAUCAUGUGGAUCAUGGUGUUUUGUAACCCAUUGAAAUAUAAAUGUUUUGUUUUGACUCUGCUGUUGACUGAAGGGAAUGGCCCCUCAGACAUUUCUGGGUAAAAAGCCAGGAACAGCUCCUCAGUGCUCACCCAUAUUUCAGCAGCUCAGCACACAAGUAACUUUCUGUCCUCACAUCUGUCUGUAGCAUUUGAAGUUUGAAGGGGUAUAAAGGUCUUCUGGGAAAUAAACAGUGCCUGCUCCAGUUACCUGAAAAUCAGCAGGUCAAAUUCUGGACAUGAGAUUCCUUGCAGUCUAGUGUACCUGAGGUUGAAAGAGAAAGAAAAUCUCAGUUAGUGAGGACCUUCUCUACAGUGCAAGUUAAGAGUAGGUUAAAUUAAUUUCGCUUUUCUUGCCCUUGGAGGAAAGCAAUCUUGUUCUCAACCAGAACUUAUAAGAAAAAAUCCCAAGUCAAAACUCUGGUCAUGAAUUUCCAUGUGAUCCAUGGAGUCAAAUACAGCUUCUGUAGUGUAACCAAGUGAGACCAUUUCUACUGGUAGGUUGAACAGUAAUAGUGGUAAAAGAUCAGACAGCUCGUUUCUUGUACUCGUUUAAAUACGACUGAGGGCAUCAGCUUUAGAAGUGUAACAUGGGGCUAUAGAAGGUGGUGAUUGUUCUAGAGCACCUCCAGGCCUGAACUCCAGCCAACUAUUGCUCUGACUCACAGCAAUAGCAUACUUACCCAUCACCAGCAUCUUACAGAGCAGGGAAUUCCAGGGUUAGUCCAUUGAUAGCCUUGUGUGUGUGUGUGUGGAGAUUAGGCACCACGGACAGCUGCAGAACUCUGUUUCCAUGGCUGCUUCUAUCACAAGACGGGUAGAAACACGUUCACUGCUUCAGGGCUCCAAGCCAUGUGUUGUUUUCUUGCUCCAUUAGAUAUUUCCUGUAGCUUUGCUGUAUGCUAUGUCUGCUUCAAAUGACUGAUUUUCAAAGUUAGCUUUGUCAGCAGUUGGCCAUCCUGCCAUGACGUCCCAUUCUUGUCAGUCUGGUUUGAUAGUGUAGCUCACUGUUAGACUGUCAUUGUCUGCUCAGUCUAUCCACACCCAUCUCCACUGUCAACAGGUGGGCAGCUGUCAAUGACUCCUCGUGGACCUGAAGAGAGAUUCUUGUGAAGUUGAAUGCAAGUGUGCUGUCCUUCACAGUGUUUAUAAACACCAGGAACCUUCACUUUUGCUACCUUGAUAUAGCAUUGGGUUAUCUAUCAUGUUACAACAUUGAAAUACAUCGAUUUAUUAAAAACUACUUUUAUAAGAAAUGUUUUACAGUUCUUUCUGACCUCUAAGAGACAAUGCUGUUCCGUACUUGUGCUGGGAAGGGGUUGUUUGUACAAUCCAGGAGUCCCAUCUGCUCUGCAGGAAUGUGGCCAGCCCCUCUGUGACAUGUCUUUCUUGUAGUCACAGCUUCCCUCACUCAAAUGGUGAUUACUCUUGGGCACAGGCAGCAGGUAGCAGCGCCGAUUUCUGGAGAAUGGAGGCAGAGUGGGCCGACUGGAAGGCUUUCCCAACCCCUUCAGCAGUGAAGUAGGAGCCCGGGUGCCUGUGCUCCUUGGCUGCCGUUAGCCUCUUCUGCUUGGUACUCCAACCUGAACCUUGGCCUUCACCUCCAUUGGCCUUUUUGUACCUUGCUCAAUGGUUUCCUCCCUUGGUUUAAACUCUUCCCCUCGAAUUAAGUCUUAUCAAGUAAAUGAAUAGUAGUUUUUAUGGUCUACCAAGAUUUGUCCACUCUGCCAAAAAAGAGUGAUCUACUCUAACUAGGCUCUUCUCACCUCAGGGACACUCAAUGGGACACUUCCCAUAAUUUCCUAAUAGACUCAGAUCUGCUAAAACAACUUAAAGGUACUCCCUCCAAAAAGAAUGCCAGUAAUACUAGGGAACAGUUCACUUUUUUUUUAAUUGUCCCUAAAUUUACCCGUGUAUUGGCCUUGCUCUAAUUUUCUGGAAGUCUGUGCUAAGGAAGAUUAAUGACUUCCUAUACUUUCUAAAAGGUCAAUUAGUAGCCAACAGCUACUUACUUUCUUUUGAUAGCAAACAGAGCUUCUCUCUUACCUGUGUCACGGGGGCUGCACUUUAAGCUGCUAGCAGCCCUGCUGCUCAGGCUGUAGCCUGGGGGGAAUUCUGUUCCCCCAGUGACAGCUUUACCUAAAUCUCUGUAGUUCUAAUAAAACUCCAGAUUCAAAGGCUAGGAGAGUAGCAACUGGCUCAUUUCCUGUCUUUGCUGGGGUCCAGGAAGUCUCUCUCCUCCCACACCGCCCCAACUAAAAAACCCGUGCUCCUCUCCUCCCUGCUGCUUCCUGUCAGCUAGUUGCUAACCGCCUCUCGGAGCCCAGGUUAAGUUUAUUAACACAAAUGCAACAAAUAUUCCACAACAGAGAACUGCUAAGCAUUCUCAAACCUGUCUAGUUCCUCUCAACACACCUUGACUCAAACUGCACAUUUGAACAAUUUCCUUCCUGUCCAAACCAAGGGAACACUAAAGAAAUGUUAGAACACCUCUCCACUGGCUCAAGGACCUAUUUAUUUCCAGAGACCAGAUGAGCCUUGAUGUGCUCUACAGCCCUGCCCUGGCUGGGAAGAAUUCAUAGUCCCACUUGAGAGUGACCCCUCCCAUGCUGUUGAGGGCUGCCAUUUCAAAGCCUUGCCCUGGCCCCUCACACUGGAGAGCACUCACUCGAAAUGGGCCUCCAGGUUGAGGAGGACAUUGGCUAUCACCUUGUCUUCUAUCCCAAACUCACAGGCAGGCAGUGGAUUUAGUGCUGGGACAGCCUCCAUCCACUUCUGACGCCCUAACCGUAUCUCAGAUCUCAGGCUACCCAUAGAAACUACAUGAGUUGGAGGACUUGGGUACAGUUACCCAGGUUGCUAAACCAGACUCCUCAAAGCAGCUUGAAUGCAGCUUGCUUGACUGUUUCAGAUACACGUGUGAGGUGAAUAACAAAUUAAGAAAGGCAGUUUGGAGCUGGAGUGGUGCCUCAGCAGUUAGGAGCACUGGCCGUUCCUCCAGAGAACCUGGGUUCCUGUAACUAGUCCCUGGGGCAUCUGAAGUCCUCUUCUGGCUCUUUGACCUCACAUGGUGCACAGACAUACAUGCAGGCAAAACACUCAUUUUUUAAAAAAAAAUUUAAGGUAGUUUGGUCCACCUGGGGUUGGGGGCUCAGUGUAGGUGGCCUGUCCUUAUCCCCUCAAAUAUGAGCUGGAACUUUCCAGUGACAAAACUGGAAUAUGGCCUGAGUGAGCAGAGGCUGCCAGACUUGGCCAAAGCAAGUAUAAGAAACAUAUACCUUCCUCUUCUGCCAGCAUCAGUGAACAGACACCACAGGAAUACCCUAGCAUUGCCCCCACAAAUAUUUAAAAAACAAAUUACUACCUUAGACUGAAGACAAAAGAAAAAGCAAAAUCCUUUUGUUCUACCUCUGACGUGUUUGGGGAUGUGCUAGGUCACUUAAAUACAUUUCAUUUAUCACAACAUCCUGUGUGUCACAAACACAGUUGAGAGGUUAUUAGCCUAAAAUCACACAGAUUUUCUGGUUAAAGUGACUGUCCAGCAGCCUAGAUAGGUGAACCAUUGGAGGACUUAGUCGUUGGUUCCCCUACAAAAUUCAGUAGAGAUGGAGGCAGGAUUUCCCACGUUUUUGAUGGGUUUGAGUCAACCUAUACAAAUCAUUCAAAAAGUAACCACAAAAUAAAACUUGAACCUGAGCACUUUAGAGAAAACUGUCUAGAAGCCCCUAGUCCAUAGGCUAAGGCUGGGCUGUUUUAUCCAAGGGCCACCUCCAUCAAUCAGCCAUCCAUGCUUAUGUCUCAUCACCAAAGACCCAAACUGCUCAGACCCCAGGGAGCCUGCACAUCGCCUCAUCGGCCAGCUGUCCAUCCUUACUAUCCCCUCUUCCAGUGUGGCAGGCAAAAAUGCUUUAGUAGGUGAUACUUGGGGUGUUUUAAGAAGCAUCUCUCGGCCACACCCUAGCCCUUGAGAAGCCCUGGAAACCUUUGUGUUCUCCAUUUCUGCUUCUGUCCUUCCCACUGCAGAGCCUCUAGCCAACUGAACCUGAGCUGUCCAGUUUCAUCAGAUGCUGCCUGCUGCUUCCCACUCUUCUGCUCAUGCUGUCUUCUUCUCCAGCCUUUCCCUGUCCUCAUUCCCAGUGAUUACAUCCCCACAGAUGGCCCAUGUAUUUGCCUAUGUCAUCUUGGCACCCUGACCCCCUAGUUGCCAGCCCCCUCCUCAGUCAUGUUCAUCAUUCUACGCCCACACGUUUCAUCAUCCAUUCCCAGGUAAUAAUCACUGUCAUUGUCCCAGUCUCUAUCACUUUAACCCUGAACACUAGGAACGUUCUAAACCACUUCUGGGAUCUUUUGUUUUUUUCAAGACAGGUUUUCUCUGUAUAGCCCUGGCUGUCUUGGAACCUUGUAGACCAGGAUGGCCUUGAACUCAGAGAUCCACCUGCCUCUGCCUCCCAAGUGCUGGGAUUAAAGGCAUGAGCCAUGCCUGGUCACUUCUGGAAUCUUCGUUCCAAGCAUUUCUGACCAUUAACUUUAGGCUUACCCUGGUCCACUGCACUACAAGAAGUCAUUGGCCUUUUCAAGAACCCAAAGCAUUAAACCUAGCAAUUACUAAUGUCUCCCCUCUAAACCCACCUCUUUCUCCUCUCACCCAAACCAAAUCCUAUGGCCAGCAACUAAGUCAUUUCCUCCUCAGGGCCCUCUGCCACUUCAGUUCUCCUUUAUUAAAAUCAUCUGGCUGGCUAGCCCGAUUGGGAUAUAGAUUCUGCCAGAGUCUAGCUGCCUCUGUGUGGGUUGGCUUGGCCUGAUGUCUCUGUCCACAAAGCAGCGGGCACUCACCACUGCACCAUGGCCUACUCUUGGUCCCUUGGAAGUCAGCCUCCCCUUGGAAGCUCAGUUGAGACCCUCACUUGAUGCCUCAGUACAAAGAUGUCGGGUCAAUUGGCCUCUCAUCUCUCAAUCUCCAGGCUCACAGAAUGUGUCUCCAGAGACACUGCUACCGUGGGAGGUGCUCCCUACUUUUGUCAAAUGUCCCCCACCAUCGACUUUCCAGACUUGGUCUCUAACGAUUUUACUCCCAUGCCUCAACAUCGAAUUUCCUCUUUCCUAUCAGCAGGUAGCGCAGGGGAUCUCCUCUACAAUGUCCCCUGGAGUCCUGCUAUGACAAAGUGAAACUUCUCCAUCGCCACAACCAAAAUAUGCCAGCUCCAUGUCCCAGUCACUAUUUUGAAAAUCACCUUAAUUUCGAAUGAUGUAUAAUCUAAUAGAACUUAGGUCUGGGAGUGGAGCUCCCAGUGUAUCAGGUGGGAGAACACUUGCCUAGUAUUUGCAAAGCCCUGAAAAGUAGAGGGGAGAGAUAUAUGUAAUUGUAUGUACAAUUUAAAGGGUAAUAAAAUGAAUAACACGCUCUGUACCUACCACUCAGCUUAAAUAACAGGCCUGGAGAACAUGUCUAGGCCCCUCCCCCAUUACUACCUCUUCCUUCCACCAGAAGGGGAACCACCAUCUUGAAGUUCAUAUACAUUGUCCCUUUGGUUUUUUUCUUUAUGGUUUUAUUACCUGCAUAUGCCUAUUUUUGAGCUUUGUAUAAAUGAAAUCAUAUAUAUCCCAUGGUUUUUAAAUUCUCUAUUUUUAUAAUUCAUGCAUAUUAAUAUGUAUAGUUCUAACUCGUCUCCACUGCUGUAUUGUAUUCUGCUGUAUUAUACAAACACACCAUGAUUCUGUUUAUAUAUUCUCCCUUUGAUGGAUGUUUGAUGAGCAAUACUUUGUGAAUUCUCUAAGGCAUGUCUGCGGUUGUGAGGAUCUCUCCAGGAGCUGCUAGGAAUGUAUGUGUUCAAACUUAUUGAUGUAGAAAAACAAUAUACUCUUAUUACACUUUUAUUAAAUAAAAUCCUGUUCAGCCCUUUA